GAGGGGUGUUGAACCACACGUAGAAACGUAACUGUCCCGAGCUGGAAGACAUUACUGAGAAGCGAUCUCCUGCUGGGAGUGCUUAAAAGCUCCGCUCCAUAUCAGCCCUGAAUAAUUCAAAGAUAUCUCCUACAAUGGAAGAUGGCAGGGAGACAGCUGCGAUGAGAGAGCAAAAAAGGAAGGAUCGACAAAUAGAUCGGUGGAGUCACACAGUUGAUGAUACUCAAGCCUUGGAGAAUACAGACAGUGACAUUGGCUUGUGCGGUUGGAUCCUGGUGCUUUUCUCCAUCCUGCUCACAUUGCUGACCCUGCCUCUCUCCAUAUGGAUGUGCAUUAAGAUAGUGAAGGAAUAUGAAAGGGCGAUUAUCUUUCGUCUGGGACGCAUUUUACGAGGAGGAGCCAAAGGACCAGGUCUUUUCUUCAUCUUGCCAUGCACGGACAGCUUUAUCAAUGUGGAUAUGCGCACCAUCACCUUUGAUAUCCCCCCUCAGGAGGUGCUGACAAAGGACUCUGUGACAGUGAGUGUAGAUGGUGUAGUUUACUACCGUGUACAAAACGCAACGCUGGCAGUAGCCAACAUCACCAAUGCUGAUGCAGCCACUCGUCUGUUGGCACAGACCACCCUGAGGAACGUGCUGGGUACAAAGAACCUGGCAGAGAUCCUGUCUGACCGGGAGGAAAUCGCCCACAGUAUGCAGUCCACACUAGAUGAUGCCACAGAUGACUGGGGUAUUAAAGUGGAACGUGUGGAGAUUAAGGAUGUCAAACUGCCCCUGCAGCUCCAGAGGGCCAUGGCGGCUGAGGCUGAAGCAACCAGAGAGGCCAGAGCUAAGGUGAUAGCCGCAGAGGGAGAAAUGAAUGCAUCACGGGCACUGAAGGAGGCAUCUCUGGUGAUCGCAGAGUCCCCCUCUGCUUUGCAGCUGCGCUACCUUCAGACCCUCAACACCAUCGCAGCCGAGAAGAACUCCACCAUCAUUUUCCCUCUGCCCAUUGACAUGAUGCAGUCCUUCAUGAAGAACUGAAUUAAGAGCCACAUGAAGCAGACACACGCACACAUACAAACAGAUGCAUCCAUGCAGAAAUGAACUGACUGACAUUAUACAACACUCAUGUGAGUAUAAUGUGCAGCUGGAUCCAGAAGUCUGAGACCACACUGUACUCUAACUUGAAUCUAAUAAUAAUAUUCUAAUUUUAAAUAAUUUCCUGCCCUUGAACAAAAAAAAAAUAAAAAUCACAUUGUUGCCUUUUCAACUUAUUUUUCAUGCAUGUUUAUCAUACCAAAAUUUGGACUUACAAGUUGAGAGCUUUUUGGUUGAUAGUUUAUGGAACAUCUCCUGGUCAUAUGAGUGCAUGUGUGUGUUUCAGGCAUAUCUAACCUAACCUUGAUUAUCAAAAAGAUAAUAAACCAUCUACAGGGAUAUUUGGAUAGUAUCAGGUGUCAAAACAUGGAAUUGACAGCAGUGCGUAUUGUGCCUACCAGUUUUUCUUGCUUUCUUAAACCUUUAUUAAUGUCGGCUGUCAAUAUAAAAGCCUUAAGCCAUAUCCAUUUCAAUUACUGAAUUAAUAUUUAUAGCUUUAUAUGAUGUUGGUCGAUUUUUAAAACCACAAUGCAUUUAUUCAUCCAUUUCCUGUCACAUUAAUAUUUUAUGGUUUGAUUUAUAAAUUCUUCUGUCUGAUUAUUUUAUCUACCAGACAUUUACAUACACGUGAUGUUGUAUUUUGCAUCAGAUUGCAGCUGAAAACAAAUUAAGGCUAUUGAGGUCAAUGUUUGUGCUUUUAAAGACUAUUUGCUGCUUCAAAGAUCAGAGGGUGGAAUUACAGUCUUGUCAAAAGAUGCAAAAUUACUGUCAGUGUGCUUAGGACUGUUUAAGAUUACAACAACAUUUCCAAAUAUUUGUAUUUUCAUCUUUUAUCAGUCUAUUACAGUUAUAUAUCACAACAUCUGUUGUUUUCGCCAACUCACUUUUAUGUACAUUGUAAUACUUGUUUAAACAUUUUAUAGUUUUGAUGUGUGACUGUCCCAUUCCCUUUAGUAAAUCAUAAUGUGUAAUCUAAUCUUUCUCAUGGUGUGUAAGUAAGUACAUUUACCUCAUUAUUUUCCAGACUGCUAUUAAUAUGAUGCAUAAAUCAGUCUUUGAAGAACA